GGGAAAUCCACCCUCAUGAACACCCUCUUCAACACCACCUUCGAGACCGAGGAAGCCAGUCACUACGAGAGCGCCGUGCGCCUGCGGCCGCGCACCUACGACCUGCAGGAGAGCAAUGUCCACCUCAAGCUGACCAUCGUGGACGCCGUGGGAUUUGGGGACCAGAUCAAUAAAGAUGAAAGUUACAGGCCCAUCGUUGAGUACAUUGAUACGCAGUUUGAAAACUAUUUGCAAGAGGAGCUGAAAAUCCGCCGCUCCCUCUUCAACUACCACGACACCAGGAUUCAUGUCUGCCUCUACUUCAUCACCCCAACCGGCCACUCCCUCAAGUCCUUGGACCUGGUGACAAUGAAGAAGCUGGACAGCAAGGUGAACAUCAUCCCCAUCAUUGCCAAAGCAGACACCAUCUCCAAGAGUGAGCUGCACAAGUUCAAGAUCAAGAUCAUGAGUGAGCUGGUCAGCAAUGGUGUGCAGAUCUAUCAGUUCCCCACCGACGACGAGGCCGUGGCCGAGAUCAACUCGGUGAUGAACGCUCACCUGCCCUUCGCCGUGGUCGGCAGCACGGAGGAGGUGAAGGUUGGGAACAAGCUGGUGAGAGCUCGGCAGUACCCGUGGGGAGUGGUGCAAGUGGAGAACGAAAGUCACUGCGACUUCGUGAAGCUGCGGGAGAUGCUGCUCCGGGUGAACAUGGAGGACCUGCGGGAGCAGACCCACACCCGCCACUACGAGCUCUACAGGAGGUGCAAGCUGGAAGAGAUGGGCUUCAAGGACACAGAUCCAGACAGCCAGCCCUUCAGCCUCCAAGAAACAUAUGAGACCAAAAGGAAAGAGUUCUUGGGCGAGCUCCAGAAGAAGGAGGAAGAAAUGAGACAAAUGUUUGUUAACAAAGUCAAGGAGACAGAAGCAGAGCUGAAGGAGAAGGAGAGAGAGCUGCAUGAAAAAUUUGAGCACUUAAAGAGGAUACACCAAGAGGAGAAGAGGAAGGUGGAGGAGAAGAGGAAGGAGCUGGAGGAAGAGAUGCAUGCCUUCAACAGGCGGAAAGUCGCGGUGGAGACCUUGCAGUCCCAAUCUUUGCAGGCUACCUCACAGCAGCCACUGAAGAAGGACAAAGACAAGAAAAACUUCUUUAGUCUGCCCACUGCCUGCUCCAUAACUUCAGGAAGAUAUGUUAAUUAG